UGAGCAUUUUCAGUCUGCAAGAAAUGGAAUCGAUGAGUGCAAAGGCUAGUCCUAUGGCUUGGAGUCCAUUCUCGAGUCCAAAUGCAGGAGCCUUGCUAAAGGAAAGAAUACGUGCAUGGAGUGAAGAGACAGACUUACCCACCUCUGUUUGCGUUCGGAUUGAUGAUAAAAGCUUUGAAUUGCACAAGGUCAGCAUAUGCCAGAGACUUGAUACCAUUUUUCCUGAAAUUACUUUCCCUCUGAUUUCUAAGUGUGGAUACUUCAAGAAGGUGCUGUUGGAGUCAUCUGAUGUAGAACUGCCACCAAACUUUCCUGGAGGAUCAGAGACCUUCGAGAUGGUUGCUCUGUUCAGCUACGACUCUCCACUCCCUUUAGACCCUUUCAAUGUCUCAGCUCUCCGAUGUGCUGCGGACUUUCUUGAGAUGACAGAGGAGUAUGCCUCUGGGAACCUCCAUGAAAGAUCUGACCUGUAUUUAAACCAAGUUGUUCUGCAGAGCUGGGAUGAUACACUGAUAGUUCUUCAGAAAUGCCGAACACUGCUUCCAUGGUCUGAAGAGCUUUUGAUAGUAAGCCGAUGCAUCGAGUCUCUGGCUUUCAUGGCCUGCAUGGAGAUUCUUGAUCCUGAGCAAAGAAGAGAUCCGCCUGUUGUGAAUCUCCAGGCAUUGACUGGUCGAGCUUGGAAUUGUGAGGCAGUGAAGGAAAUCGCUGGUCGAGACCUGUGGGUGAAGGAUCUCAUAGCACUUCCAUUUGAAUUCUUCAAGAGGAUUAUUGGGUCCUUGAGAAGACAAGGAAUGAAGGAGAAGUAUGUGAGCCCCUUGGUUGUAUUCUAUGCCAAUAAAUGGGUGCUUUCAAAGAAGACCCACAAGUUUUGGGAGAACACAGCUGAGCAUAAUGGAGCUGACAGUGUCCGCAAGAAAGUUUCAGUGAUCUUUCAAGGCAUACUUGAGCUGCUUCCAAUGGGAGAGAAGGCUACUAGAGUUGUGCCUAGUGCAUUUUACUUUGCAUUGCUUUCUCGAUCUCUAAGUCUCAGUUUAGGCAAUGACAGCAGGGCAAAUUUGGAGCAUCAAGUUGCCUCUCUUCUACACUUUGCGCAGAUUGAGGAUUUCCUCCUCCCUGAAAGCAGUGAGGAGUCCAUUGCAUCUACAGCUGAGUUGAAGAUAAUGGAAAGAAUCGUUUCAAUCCAUUUUUCAUCCAAAAACGAGACAGGCUAUAGUGGAUGCACUCCUUUGAAUGGCCGCUCUGUUGUUGCAGAGGUAUGGGAUCGCUAUCUUUCACAAAUUGCCAUUGACCCAAAGCUUAGGCCUUGCAGAUUCAUGGAACUCAUCGAAGUAGCACCAAUGACUGAUAGAGAGACACAUGACCAUCUAUACCAAGCAAUGAGUAUCUUCUUAAUGAAACACCCCCAAUUAUCUACUGAAGAGAAGGCAGCAGUCUGCAAGUACCUCAACUGUCAGAAGCUAUCUCAGGAGACAUGCAUCCAAGCAGUUCAGAAUGAUUUAAUGCCACUGCGUCUGAUAGUCCAAGCACUUUUUGUUCAGCAGCUGCACACACACCAAGCCUUCAGAGACUGUUCAGAUUCCUUCAGAUACAUGCAAUGUGGGGAAUUCUCUGGUAGCCUUCCAAGCUCUAGAUGCCAGCUUCCUAAAAGCCAGAAUCUAGCAGAAAGUCCAUAUCAACAAGGAACAAGCAAGGGAGAAACUGUGGCGACCCCUCUGGGAUCCCUGCUGCGCAAAGAUUUUUCUGUUGAGGAAGCAGAAAUUACAAAAGCUGAGUAUGAAUCUACAAGCUUUAGGAUUCAAGCACUUGAGCAGGAGCUGAUGUCAUUGAAACAAAGCCUUCAGUGCAAGAACAUGUUGAAGGGAUCGCCCCAUAAGGACACAAAGAAACACGGCUUUAGGCUAUCUGGUUUGGAUAGGAAGACUGUGGUUAAGAGAAGGAACCCACUUGGCCAGGUUAGCAGCUGCAUUGGUUCCAUGAGCUGGACUUCCCAAAGGAAAUAUGCCAACAGGUUACUCAAAAUCUUCAGGAGAAUAGCCUUGCUAGGAAGAGGCCAAUCAAAGAUUAAACAAGUUGCUUCUGGUCUUUCAAAUGGUUCUCUUGCUUGUAGAAGCAAAUCAUUGCAUGAAAUGUAUGACUGCUAGACUAUGGAAAAUGAAUCACUAGGCGCAUAUUACAAAAUUAACAUUUUGUCCUAAAUCCUCGUACAGCUACCAAGCAUAACUGAGACAUGUCUACUUCAUAUUACUAUAUAAAAGGGCUGAAAUAAAAAUCAUGUCACCCAAAUCCUCAAGGAGAGGCAUCUAACAGAAACAAUAAGAGACUGAAGAGUUGAGCUAAUUAAGGUGAACUGGAUUACAUAAAGGGGCUCCAGUGAGGGAUAUUUUUGUCUGUUUCAAGUCUUUUAUUGGAGAAACACAGA